AUGGGCAUUGCUUCUGUGGCAAUGUAUGCAGAUGACGAUAUCGGCAGUUUACAUGUCGAACUUGCAGAUGAAGCAUGGGCCACCAUGGUACAUCCUGGUUAUGGUUUUUUAUCGGAACGGGCUGAAUUUGCACAAGCUGUGAUUGAUGCAGGCUUGAAGUGGGUAGGCCCAUCUCCUGAAGCCAUUACCAAGUUGGGUGAUAAAAUUGAAGCACGUAAAAUCGCCGCUUCAGUGGGUGCACCUUUGGUACAGGGCACACAAGACCCAUUGAAUAAUGCGGAUGAGGCUUUAGCCUUUGCAAAACAAUAUGGCUUGCCUAUUGCAAUUAAAGCGGCAUUUGGUGGUGGUGGUCGUGGUUUAAAAGUGGUUUGGAAGCUUGAAGAAGUGAAAGAACUCUAUGACUCUGCUGUCCGUGAAGCAAAAGCGGCCUUUGGUCGUGGCGAAUGCUUUGUUGAGCAGUACUUAGACAAUCCUCGUCAUGUGGAAGCGCAAGUGAUUGCCGACUUGCAUGGGAAUGUGGUGGUCUUAGAAGUCAAUACGCGGUUGCAAGUUGAACAUCCCGUGACCGAAGAAACAGCGCGAGUUGAUUUGGUGGUUGAGCAAAUUCAGGUGGCUUUGGGCGAAGAAUUAUCGAUCAAAGAAACCCCUAAAGCACAAGGCCAUGCCAUUGAGUUUCGUAUCAAUGCAGAAGACCCUAGCCGUGGCUCUCUGGUUUCCAGCCAUUUCGAUUCUUUAAUGGCAAAGCUGAUUGUGACGGGGGAAACGCGUGAAAUCGCAAUACGCCGCGCAAAACGCGCUUUAAAGCAGUUUAAAAUUGAGGGGGUGGCUUCAGUUUUAGAUUUUCAUCGUGCCGUGCUGAAUGAGCCUGAUUUUACCGACGAAUUUAAAGCUUACCUGCAGGAAUGUUUGCUCAAGGUGCAGUUCAGGUGGAGCAACAACCAGCGCAAAGCACAGAGUUCGCACUUCAACCUGAGCACUUACAAGCGCCUAUUAACGGGGCAAUCAUUGCUUGGAAAGUCCAAACCGGAGAGCAAGUUCGUGCAGGGCAAGUUGUGGCAAUUAUGGAAGCCAUGA